AUGGCGGAAGCAGCGGCCUACUACCGCUACAUCGACAUGGGCUUUGAGGCAGGGGACUGGGCGGAGCUCGCCACGGAGCAGCGGAAUGCACUGGUUCCUACCGACCCUGCGGGGUUCCUCUCGAGCCGUGAUGAUUGGCAGGCGCGGGCAGAGCUGUGGGAUCCCGAUGACCCGCCGGAGCCUCUUGCGGGCCGCCUCGCUGCGAUGGACGAUGAUCUCCGGGCGCUGCUGUUGCUCAUGGUCCGUGCGCUGCCGGAGCUUUUCGAAGAGUUGCAUCUCGAUGUGCCGGCACUGAAGAAGGAGAGGGGCCAGGUAGCUGAUUCUCUUUUUGUGGAUGUGGCACAUGGGCUCCUGGCACCGUACCCGUACGAGCCGGCGGAGAUGGAUGUCGAGAUGAGCUGGGCCGGCUUGCUUCAUGGCCUGGUGCGAGUGGCUGAGGCCGUGCUGGGUGCAGAGUGGGCCAAGGACCUCUGCAUUUGCCUGGCAUCAUCAGAGGACAGGCUGCGUCAGUUGGAGCUGCAGGCUGGGGCCAAGGUUGUCUUCAGUGUGGUGUGCUCUGACGUCCACUGGUCAUGUCUGGCCAUCCUUCGCGGUCAUGCCGAGGGCCUUUUCUACUGCGGCAAACAGAACACUGUGUGCAAGAAACAGGCUGCAGAGCUACUGCAGGCCGCCAGUCUUCAGCACAACUACGAGUAUCGACUACAGUCACAGGCCGUGUCCCCUCAGCUUGAUCAUUGGUCGUGCGGGCACCGAGUGCUGUUGUGUUUGUACUUUGUCCUGAAGGCCGUGUCCGGGGACUCUGGCUGGCCAGUUCAUCUGCCGGCGGAUGCCUUCAGCCGCAGCAAUUUGGCAUGGAUAUGCGAGGCAACAUCCAAGACAAGGUCCCGCGGCGGGGAGAGGGAGGAGCAGCAGGCACCAUCCGGCGUGGGGAUGAAGCAGGAGGUCCACUUUGGACCCAUCCAGGAUGCCGUGGAGCAUGGUGGGAAGGGGGAGGAGCAGCUGGCAUCAUCUGACCUGGGGAUCAAGCAGGAGGCCCACUUUGGACCCAUGCGGCCGGCGAUCCAGGAUGCUGCGGAGGAGGAGGAAGGGGAGGACGGCGACGGGGGGCAGGGCAAGGCACGUGCUGCAAAGCGCAAACGGGCCAAGAAGACCGACCACGCAGCUCUUGGGUUGGAGAUCGUGAAGGAGGCCGGCCUCAGCUUCAACACGGACUUCCAGGCAGAGCAUGCUCGACUCAAGCUGCCCUUACCGCAGAAGCACUGGCAGAAGUUCUGUGAGCAGAUCAGCAAGAACGGCAUCCUGAACUGUGCCGCCUGUACUCUUCUACGAGAGCGGGUGAACCUUGCCAUUGCCCAGAAGCCCAACCGGGAGAAUGCCGCCGAUGAUGGAGCCGACGAGGAUGCACCUGCGAUCCAGGAUGCUGGGGAGGCUGCUGUCGUCCCUGUAGCGGAGGAUGCGAUUGCCACGGACCCCGGUGGGGUGGUCAAGAAGAGACGUGGACGUCCUGUCAGCAAGGAACAAGGACCACGCCUACACGACAGCAUCCAGCAGCACAGGCCCGAGGUAUACAGGUUAAAGAGUGGUGCCCGCUACGAUUGCUUGGCUUGUGGCUGUGAGGUCAACUUCCAGCGUACAAGCACCUCCGGCUGGGAUUUCCUGCUGCAACACGAGAAGUCAGCCAAGCACACCAAGGGCCUCACCCGGCUGUCAGCCCAUCAUGAUGAACAAGACGAGGAGCCGCUGCUCGCACUGCCAAGCAGCGGGUGUCCAGGCCAUCUCCUAGGAGCCAGUGGCUGCAUGCUGCAGCACCUGGAGGCCAGCAUCCGUGCAUGGGUGUCUUCGGGGAUGCUCCAGAUCAAGGGAAGUGAGCUCAGCAAGCUGGUUGUGCAGCCGAUGGAGGAUAAGAUCCUGAUCCGCCACAUGAACUGUGCUGGCACCUCGAGCGCCACACUCUGCGUGGCCUGCCGACAAGUUCCGAAGCGAAAGCCGUUCAUGCAGGACAUUGCCCGUUGGUCACUGCGGUUGGACCAGGCAAGCCUGGCAUAUCACUGCGUCUAUAGGCCGGAGGAGGUCGCGAAGCUGCUUGGCGAGAUGCAAGCCAAGGACUACCAGGCCAUCUGCAAGGAUGACAUCCAGAACUGCAUGACGGCAUACAGCAAUGGCGGAUGUGCGAGCUUGCUCGAGCUGUGCACCCGAGCCUUCUUUUGCAUCAACAACAGGAUCCGCACACCACAGCUGCAAGCCUUCAUCGCGGCCAACCUGAGCGGACUGUCGAUGCCUCCAGACGACGAGAGUGCGGCAUAUUCGGAGCUGUGCCGGUUCCUGGAUGAAGGGACUCGGAUGGAGAUCAUGCACAUGCUCGGCCGCACAACUGCCACCAAGGACGUCCUCAAGGCCUUCCACGUGAACCCGAAGAAGGCCAUCGGCGCUAUCGACCUGCAGGCGGAGUACCUCCCUUCCUUCUUCGUGAGUCACGUGGACACGGCCAAGCAGCAGGAGAGUGCCUCCCUCAUCGCCGGCAUGCUGGGUGGCAAGCAGACUCGGUCGCUCGUGGUCUCCAUCGACGAAACGGUCUGGAAGGCUGGUUGGGAAGCCGUCUCAGCAUUCCGAGGUGCUGGAAUCUCCAUCUUGGGAGGCGGAUGGGCCGAGGGCAAAGACAUGGCCGUGCUGAAUCCCGAAGAUGCUCGACCAGACACCGCUCUGGCGAAGAUGACAUUGAGUGUCAUCGUGACAAGGGCAGAUUCCAACAGCCUCGCCUGCGAGCUGGACAUGACUCCUGUCUUUCAGGGCAAGGACCAGGGCAAGUCCGACUUCAUCCUGAAGAUCACGGGGCAGUGCAUGAGGUCGCUGUCGCGGGCCUGUGCGGGGAUUCCCCCGCUGAGUGUGUCCUUUGACAACGGGACGUCCAAUGGCCUCCUGAACAAGGCACUCCUCGGUCUGCUGCAGCCUUCCGAGCUCGUCGGGGUGCCUUUUUUUGCAGCGUGCUCGAAGCAGAAGGUCACUCAGAUUCCCAUGUUCCCGUUCGGGUAUCUUGUCUGGAGUGCUCCGGGCGAGGAGAAGGCAGCAUCGUAUGCGGUGACGGGGUUUCGGGACCUCUAUCAUUGCAUUAAGAACUACACACUACAGCACAUGAGCUUCACCAGAACGGUCAACCACGGCCAAUUCUGGUGUGAGUACUUGCCCAUGUUGCAGGGUGGAUUGUCGGCACAGGCGUUCAGUGCGAGAGAUGCUCAGAGCGACAAAUGCGCUUUUGCAAGGCUGAAUCCCGCCCACCUGGCUGCCUCUACCUGGCUUGGCGACGGUGCUCGCUGCAUGAUCUUUCUGGCCUCCAUCAUGACAUCGGCCAUACUUACAAGGCAGACUCCGGCCGUGACCUUUGCAAACGCCUGCUGCGCCUACUACUUGAUCUGCCUCCAUGUCAGUGAAAACAUGAGGCGAUUUGGCGGUCGGCACAAAGACUUCUCGCUGCCAAGCAUCACGGUGAGGAACCUCGCACAGAUGCUAGCCCAUACGAUGCUGGCAUGCCUCACACAUGAGACUGGAAAUGCCUGGGACCUGUCGUGCCGACAGGAAAGGGUGUGCGAAAGCCACUUCAGCCGGAUAAAGCGGCCCUACGCCGGGACACCGUCCAUUCGCGACGGUGUUUACGGGACUGUCCUGGAGCACCUGCGGGUUUACAAGCAGUCCUUGAAGAGCAAGUGGCCCGAUCCAGCGCCGCGGGAGGGAAUCACCAUGCAGCAGGCAACGGAGCUCGCUGCCCGGGCCAUGCAGGACGCCUGCUUCUGGCAAAGCUUCCUCUCGAAGUCUCGUUCGGCGCAGACCUUGCGGCACGACUUGGAGCAUUGGUUUCAGACCAGUGGCAAAAGGCUCCUCACCGGCUUGGGAGCUGAUUCCGAGGACGAGUGCGAGGAGGCCGCCGAGGGCCUUGUGGAGGACUGGGUGGAAGAGCUCAUCCCGGACGAGGAGGAGGAUGAGCAGGAGGCAGAGGCAGGCCAGCUGCUACAGGCAUGUGAUGCCCACGUGGAGAUCAAGGAGCAGAUCACGACCUUGCAAUCCGAGCUUGCAGCCUCGGCGCCGGCUGAUGCCUUGGACGAGGACCUUGUGACCCCCUCAGUGGAGACCGUCUCCAUUGAGAACUUGUGCGUGACCGACUUCUUCUUGCAGAUCCGACGGCUCCCAUCCGUUCAGAGGGAGCUGAGCGAGGACAACUUGAUCGCCCUGCUGCAGCAGAGAAUGGCCGAGGCCCGUCCUCUGCUUGAUGAGUGGUGCAAGCGUGUUCGAUUGCAGGAGAAGGAGCUCAGCACUGCCGCUGUGGAGCAGAAAGAUGUCCGUGGCGACAACGAGUGGAAUCGUGUGCAGCACGAGUUGUGCCUGGCUCGCCAAGCGAGCAUCCUCACGUCUGGCCAGAGGACGAGCCGUCUGGCAGCAUGGGCCGACAAGCAGCAGAACCUCCAGCAGCAGACACCGGCAAGCGGCGCAGAGGUCGUUCCUGGAGUGGCUCCGGUUCGCUUCCUCGGGAGCACUGCUGAUCACAUGCAGGUCGUCUUGUUCGUGAGAGGCGACGGCCAGCUGUGUCACGGCCUCGUCUUGACAGUCUGGCGGGGGGCGGUCCUCAAGAGUCCAGGUCGGCGGAUGCAGACUCAACGUCCAGCUGCAACGGUGCUGCCCGUCGCCCAUUGUGGACGGCUGCGGGUGCUUGAGCUGGUGCCGGCUACGCCAAGCAGCUGGGUAGCGACGAACCUCUGCCCGUGCUACAUCCUGGAUCGGCUCGAUGUCGUGGCAGUCUUCCUUCCCGAUGAGAUCUCCCACAGCGAUAACCGAUCUGUGCUGAAAUACUUCCCGGAGGAGGCCGAGCUGCCGUGCCUCCCGGUGCAGGGCUGGAACAACCGGCAGUUCACGCCGGCUCUUGUACAGAAAAACGCGACUUUGUAUCUCCGUCGUCUGCCGAGUUUGUACAGCAGCACCUCCACGCCACUCUUGGAUGACAAGGAGUGCUUCCGCUCUGGCAAGAAGUCUCUCAAGUGGGAGGAGAUUUGCAGCAGAGCCGUCAUGUAUUUCGACACCAUUUUGGUAGGGAAGGCUGGCCAGGUGUACAGCUCGCAUGUUUUCAACAUGUUGGCCGAGAUGCAUCCUUCUCGAUCCGGAUCCUUGAAGUCGGUUGCUAAGUUCGUGCGGGACGUGGACUCCAUAGCACCUGCAUGGCUAGCCCUGUCGGCCUAG